UCCCUGCAAAGUGCAUCCAAUGUGAAGGCAAAUGGAAGCCCAAACGGUGAUCGGGAUCUGACGAAAUAUGGGCGUGGAAGUGCAGUUUGGUUGAAGGAACAUGGCGGCGAAGACGAUGGCAAUGGACUAAUUAGAAGCAAGCAGGACAGGCCUCUCUCUCGCAAAAUUAAUGUCUCUGUUGCAAUCCUAGCUCCAUAUAGGCUGCUAAUCUUCUUCCGGAUUGUUGUGCUCGGGAUGUAUCUUGCAUGGAGAAUCAAGAACAGGAACGAAGAUGCAAUUUGGCUGUGGGGAAUGUCUGUCAUCUGCGAGAUUUGGUUCACCUUCUCUUGGCUUUUGGAGCAACUCCCCAAGCUUAGCCCUGUCAAGCGCACUGCCGAACUUGCAGUCCUGAUCGAUAAGUUCGAAACUGUGAGUCCGCAGAACCCUCUUGGGAGACCCGAUCUCCCAGGCAUCGACGUCUUCAUUACGACCGCCGACCCUGACAAGGAACCUCCGCUGGUCAUAGCGAACACCGUCCUCUCCGUCCUUGCUGCUGACUACCCGGUCGAAAAUCUCGCCUGCUAUCUUUCGGACGAUGCUGGAUCCCUUCUGACUUUCGAAACAAUGGCGGAGGUCGCCAGCUUCGCCACCGUCUGGGUUCCUUUCUGCCGCAAGCACGACAUCGAGCCCAGAGGCCCCGAGAGCUACUUCAGCUUGAAGAAGGAUCCUUGCAGGAACAAAAUGCGCCCUGACUUUGUCAAGGACAGGCGGAGGAUGAAGAGAGAGUACGACGAGUUCAAGGUCCGCAUAAAUGCGUUGCUCGACACGGUCCGCUGGCGAUCCGAUGCUUAUACUGCUCGUGAGGAGAGCAGGGCCUUAAGACGACAUCGCGAGCUUUAUGGUGAUGAACCAAUAGAACGUCCCAAGGUUCCGAAAGCGAUAUGGAUGGCUGAUGGCAGCCACUGGCCUGGAACUUGGAUGAACUCCUCACCACAUCAUACUUACAGCAAUCAUGCUGCUAUCGUUCAGGUAAUGCUGAAGUCUCCGAGCAACGAGUCAGUGCAGGGGAAGAAUGAAGAAAGCAGGUGCCUUGACCUCAGCGGCGUCGACGUUAGACUACCCAUGCUGGUUUAUGUCGCCCGUGAGAAGCGCCCGGGCUACGAAGACAACGAGAAGGCCGGGGCCAUGAAUGCGCUCGUCCGCGCCUCUGCAGUCGUAUCGAAUGGGCCCUUCUUCCUCAACCUGGACUACGACAACUAUGUCUGCAACUCGCGCGCGUUCCGCGAGGGAAUGUGCUACAUGAUGGAUCGAGGUGGCGAGCGCGUCUGCUUUGUCCAGUUCCCACGGCGCUUCGAUGGCGGCGACCCCUCCGACGGCUACGCAGGGUACACCAACGUGGUAUUUGAGGUCAACAUGCGAGCACUUGAUGGUAUUCAGGGGCCGGUUUACUUGGGCAGUGGCUGCCUUUUCCGGCGAAUGGCGCUCUACGGGUUCGACCCUCCACCGCCUCAAGAGCGCCAUGGUGGUUGCUGUCGCUGCUGCUUCCCUCGGAAGCCUAAAAACCCCGGGGGCGUCGACUCGGACGAGGAGAGGCAGGAUUCCCGGAGGGAGGAUGAGAAGAUCCUUUCCACCUAUCAGAAGCGGUUUGGGAAUUCGGCAUCUCUCAUCGACUCGAUCCCCAUGGCUGAGUUCCAACGCCGACCUCUUGCCGAUCACCCGACGGUGAAGGACGGCCGUCCCUGGGGCGCCCUCACUACUCCUCACGACCCUGUCACUCAAUCCAUGGUGGCCGACGCCGUGAGCGUCAUCGCAUGCAGCUACGAGGACAAGACGCAGUGGGGUCGGCGCGUCGGGUGGAUCUACGGCUCCGUGACGGAGGACAUCGUCACCGACUAUCGGAUGCACAACCGAGGGUGGCGGUCGGUCUACUGUGUGACCAGCGGCGACGCGUUCCGCGGGACAGCCGUCAUCAACCUCACCGACCGGCUAAACCAAAUCCUCCGGCGGGCGACGGGCUUCGUGGAGGUCUUCUUCUCACGCAACAAUCCGCUGUUCAUCACGCCGGGCAUGAAGAUCCUGCAGCGGAUUGCGUACCUCAACCUCUCCACGUACCCCUUCACUUCCCUCUUCCUCACCGUCUACUGCCUCCUCCCCGUUCUCUGCCUCUUCUCGGGGCAGUUUAUCGUGCAGACCCUCAGCGUGACCUUCCUCGCCUACAUCCUCAUCCUCACCGUCACGCGCUGCAUACUCGCCAUUCUCGAGAUCAGGUGGUCGGGGAUCCAACUCGUGGACUGGUGGCGCAACGAGCAGUGGUGGGUGAUAGGAGGAACCAGCGCCUGCCUCGCUGCUUUGUUCCAGGGGGUGCUGAAGGUGACGACCGGAGUCGACGUCUCGUCCAACGGCACCAAGACAUCCGCAGAUGGCGACGAGUCCAGCGAACGGCACGGACUGAAAUGGACGUGGCUGAUGAUUCCGCCGAUCACCAUCAUGUUGGUAAACCUCAUCGCAAUCGCGGUCGGGGUCAGCCGCACCAUAAACAGUUCGUCGCCGGAGUGGAGCAAGCUCUUGGGUGGUCUCGUCUUCAGCGUCUGGGUGCUGAUACAUCUCUACCCAUUGGCCAAGGGGCUGAUGUGGAGUCGAUCGGGAGGGAAGACGCCAACCGUAGUCUUCAUCUGGUCCGGCCUCAUAGCCAUCACCAUUUCACUGCUCGGUGUUGUGCUUCACACUCCUUCCGGUGAUCACCGGAUUGGUGGCUCCAUCACAUUCCCUUGA